UUUACGAUAUUUUUUAAUUUUAACUCAAAAGAUUUUAUAUGAGAAUUAUAGAGAGUUCAUUUAAUUAUUUUACCGUAAUUAAUAGCUCACUAUUUGCAGGCGCGUAGGAAAGUCUAAUGUGUACGACGUACACACAUUCAGUAGAUUUCGUGCAUUAUACUUUUCAUAUUAAUAACUGAGUUAUGUAGAGAUAUGUCUGUUAUGGAACCAAAUGACGAUUUCGAUGUGACUAAUUUGCUACCUGAUGAUUGUUCUGAAAGUUCAGAGUUCCUAAGAAAUCAGCUGCCCAAAAAACAAAAAUUAAAACCUUGGUUAUUGGACCAAAUAAACAGUGGUAAAUACCCUGGUCUUGAUUGGAUUGAUAAAAGCAAUCAGAUAUUCAAAAUUCCAUGGAAACAUUUUGGGCGACCGGGAGAAUAUGAUUCUAACUAUGCAAUGUUGUUCCGUGCAUGGGCUGUACACACAAAUAGAUUUAAUGAAAGUAAACCAGAAGAUGUUUCAAGAUGGAAAACUAAUUUACGUUGUGCAUUAGAUAGGCAACCAGAAAUAAAAAGAGUUCCUGAUUAUGAAUUUGAAGAUGAACUUCCUUAUCGUGCUUACCAGUUUACAUUUUCAGAUAAAAAAGUUGCAUCUCCCACCAGUUUAACUAGCAAUACAACUUCUGGAUGUGAUUCUACAUGUAACAGUCCAGCAUCCCUAUUAGGUGUUGAUAUUGGUGGCAGUUAUAUAUCUAAUGAUAUGCACCCUAGUAACAGCAUUGAUGAUCUAAAUCUACAAGAAUUGUUAGAUGAAGGAAUAGGAUAUGAUAGUAGUGAUUUUCAAUCAUUAACAUUACCUGACAUGACAGCACCACUUCAAGAACAAUCUUUGCUUGUCAAACUUUUUUAUGGAGAACAGGAGUUUUAUCGAAAACUAGUAAAUAAUCCUAAUGGUUUAAGAAUCGCUUUUAAUCCUCCUACUCUUCUGCCAGAAAAUAUCAUUCCAGAGGAAACAUCUAAGUUACGUAGUAUAUUUGGUCCAGAAAAAGCAGAUCAGAUUUACUUUCCACCUAUCCCUAACGUAAUGAUAAUGAAAAUUUUAGAAAACAUGCCCCGUGGACUUGUUCUGCAAGAACGUGAUGGGUGUAUUUAUGCGACUCGACUCUGUCGGGCAAGAGUUUUUUACUCAAGCUUGAUUCCACCCACCCUUGGAACGAACCAGCUGCUGCGAGAACACACUACCUCCGUUUUUGACUAUACAGGCGACUUUCUUCCCAGGCUAAGUUUAUUUACUCAAGGAGGAGGAUCUAUGCCAACUGCCGAAAUAUAUUUUUCAUUUGGGCAAACGUGGUCACAAGACCGACCUUUAAAAAACAACUUUGUUUAUAUUAGCAUAACCCAUUGUUUGGCACAUCAACGUUUGUCAGAAAUUCAAAAUUUAGGAACUGAGAUUCAGGCUUCGGAACCUAACUCUAACGAUUUAAUUGCUCAGCAUUUUGCAGGCUUAAGUAUAUCCCAAAAUUUUUGAUUC